AUGAUGGCGUCCGCACCGUCGAGAUUUUUUACGUCUCCACAUCGCAUGCCAUGCCAUCCGUCACCCACUCCUGGGGAACCUUUCUUGUGCCUCGGCAUCGAGAGCAGCGCGAACAAGGUUGGCGUCGGAAUUGUGUCCUCCACCGGCGCCAUCCUUUCUAACCCUCGGAAGACCUUCAUCACUCCCCCUGGGACUGGAUUUCUGCCUCGAGAAACAGCGCUGCACCAUCAAGGAGUGAUCGUGGGUCUAGUGCAGCAGGCUCUCACCGAAGCAGGGGUGGAACCGAGACAUCUGCAUUGUAUAGCCUAUACGUCCGGGCCUGGGAUGGGCGCGCCGCUCGCAGUGGGCGCCAUGACAGCACGCACCUUGGCUCUGCUCUGGAGUCGGCCUCUUGUCGCUGUGAACCACUGCGUUGCGCACAUUGAAAUGGGCCGUCUGGUAACAGGGUGCAGCAAUCCCGUCGUUCUCUACGUCAGCGGCGGCAACACACAGGUGAUCGGCUAUGCAGAUGGGCGUUACCGGAUAUUGGGAGAGACCUUAGACGUCGCGGUAGGGAACUGCAUCGACCGUCUCGCUCGUUUACUUCACCUUCCAAACGACCCGGCUCCCGGUUACCAAGUCGAGCAGCUGGCACGCCGCUUUGCCGAGGCUCGGUCACUGAGAUUUUGUCCUCUUUCAACACCUCGUUCUGGCGCGGUGCCGUCCUCUGCGCAGCGGGAUUCAGCUGCGCGAUCUGUAGACUGCUCACAAGGGAGCGAUGCAGCAGAACUGCUUCCUCUUCCUUACACCGUGAAGGGCAUGGACCUGUCAUUCAGUGGCGUUCUAAGUCGCCUUGAAGACAUCACCGGAACUAUGCGGCGCUACAAACGGCUUCAGAAUGACUCGGUGCAGGCUGUGACUAGUAGAGAGGGGAUGGAUGCGGGCGCGAGUAUUCAACCGUCGAAAGACGAAACAAUCGGAACGCAGCAUGACACCAAAGGAGACGAAUCCUCAGGGAAGACGCGCGUGUUGAAACACAGUGGAAGUCAUGGGAAGCAAGCGGCAAACGGCGUGGUGGUUGGUGGAGGAGAUGUGGUGGAAGAAUGCUCUCCUUGUUCGAGGACCGAUGGGGGUGAUUCUCAAAAGGAUGACUAUUGCCAGGAGGGAAGCGGAAGCAACGAACGGGGCCCAGAUGGGAAUUCGGCGGAGAAAAGGCGACGUCGAGAAGGAGAAAGACAAAACACGAAGAAACCUGAGCCCUGCCUGUCUAAGGAGACAUUGUCAGCGGCCGAGGAGACUGAGAAGUCAGCCGAAAGAGGGUCGCCCUGUGAAACAGAAAGAGCUAAGACAGAAACUCCAGCCUUGUUCGAGGGUUUGCCCACUCAUCUGCUAUCUCCAGAAAGUCUGUGCUUCAGCGCACAGGAGACUAUUUUCGCGAUGCUGACGGAAGUUACUGAGCGUGCAAUGGCCUUGCAGCAUGCUGACCAAGUUCUGGUUGUCGGAGGCGUGGGCUGCAAUUUGCGCCUGCAGCAGAUGCUUAACGAAAUGGCACUGCGGCGGGGUGCCUCAAUGGGAGGCAUGGAUGACCGUUAUUGCAUCGACAACGGAGCCAUGGUGGCGUAUUUGGGCUGCCUGAUGGCCGCACGCGGUCAAUUCGUUGAGGUCAAUAAAGCUCACUACCGUCAGCGGUUUCGCACCGACGAGGUGCCCGUCCUCUGGCGUGACAACGAGCGACAGUAG